CUUUCUUUCUUCAUUUCUCUUGUUCACUUUUGUUAAGCAUGCAAUUGCAGUGAAUAAAAGCAAUUUGCAUUGGUUGUUAAGGAUGGAGUUAUCCAUUAUCAAGUCCUAUCACUUUUUUUUUCAUUUAUUCUUUAUUUCUUUUAUGUUUUGGAUAAUCUCUAUGAGGUAGUCAACUAAUUAUUUUUACGUGAUUCCAAAAUUGAGUACCAUACAUAAUUACUCCUGCACAAUUACUCCAUUAAAUUUUAAUUUUAAUGAUUAUAUAUUUUUUACUCUUUCUUAAGACUUUAACGACUAUAUCUCUAUUUGUUUUAAUUUCCAUUUUCAAAAUUUUUGAACAUAAAACUGAAUUAAUCAUACUAUACAAAAUGAUAUCCGCUCUAAGAUAUUUUGAGGACUAAUGCGUUAACCAAAGCAUUCUUUACAUGGUAUACUAUGGUGAUGCAUAAACUUAUAUUACAAUAAUAAUAUGUAAAAUAGAUACCAUUUUUGUGUACAUGGGACGGGUGAUUUGAGUUUGGUCAUUUUAAUUACAGAUCCAUAUACUACGGUUUUGAAAGUAUUAAAUCCACACCCAAAAAAAUUAGAACCCUAUAGUUUAUUCAAAAUUGGGUUGAGUAGGGUUGGAGAUACUUUUAAUUAAAAACCCAACACAACACAAAAAAUGCAACUAUUCUACACUACAAAAAUAUUAUAUAAUUAAUAAAAAUUUUAAACAAAUAAAUUGAGGAGGAAAGUAUCAAUAUGCACAAAUGUUGUUUGGAUUUUAAGGAAAUGUAAUUUACAUAAACAUAUGUCUAGUUUUUUCAUAAAUAAUUGUCGAAAUAAGCUAAAGUGGUUAUAAGCUAACAUAUUCAUAAUAUAUUGUUAUUCUAAAAUUGUACACAAGAAAAGUAUUACGUGAAUCAUAGCUUUUAUUAAAUAUACGUCUAGAAAUUAAGCUGAACAAUGUAUUAGACUAGAGAAACCACUAGAGAAAAAUAUGACAAGAUAGCUUAUCUUUCUCACAAAUAUGUUUUUGAUACGAAGACUUAUGACAAUAGUUCAACAUAGGUUGGGUCGGGUUCUACAGGCUGCGUUAUCCAAAAUCCGUACCCUACCCAAUAGAGGUGGGCUGUACAAUAAAAAACUAUCACCCAACUUUAAACUUUAAUUUUGACGAUAAAUACGGGUAGGUUGGGUCGGGUUGGACGAGUAGGUUAGUUUGCGGGUUGUUUUGUUCAUCCUGCCAUCUUGGUAUGCAAUACAUUAUAAUGAUAAUAAUUCGGGCUCAAUUGUACAUCUUUUUACCUCGCUUUCUUAGCCGUUUGAGGCAUUUGCUCUCCGAGAGAUUUGGUUUUACGCCGGGUUUUGGUUUGUUUUGGUGUUUUUCGUAUUAUGGCAGGUCAAACUAACCCUGGGAUCGAAAUAUGGACGAAAGGGUGAGAAAUCAAGUCAAAGGUGGGAAGCAGCAGAUCACGACUGGAACUGUGAGUUCACGGUCACUAAGACCGUGAACAGGAGCCAUUCUCCGUGAACCGCCAGGUGUCCAGAGCGAAUUUCAGUCUCACUGUACUAAAGGCAGUUCACGGUUUAACCCUAGUUCACGGUCCGUGCUUUCAGUUCACAGUCGUGAACUAAGACCGUUAUUUGAGCCCGUUCUGGGUAUAAAAGGAGGCUUGAGCUGAAAGAAAAGAGGAGGAGAGACCUUGAGUGAGAAAGCUUCUUCUUCAAAUUUCUAGAGAGAGAAAGGGAUGAGCAAGAAGAGAGAAGAAGCUAGGGUUUCACUCCAAUGAAGGAUUUGGGAAAAAUCUUCCCCAAAGGAAGAUCUCCAUUGCACAAGGAAGGAUCCAAUCAUCUCCAUGAUGGUUUUUCUCCUUUCCCUUUGUAUUUUCCUCUCUCCUAGUAUGGAGUAGUUUCCUUUUUCACUUGGGUGUUGGUGAACCCUAACUUCUACCAUGUGAAUGAAUGUAUGGAAUGAUUGUUUGUGUGUGGGUGUGUUUUAAUAUGAGUUUGGAGGUAUUUUCAUGGAAGAUUGUGUUUUUGUGUGUUUGCCUACCAAUCUAAUUGUCAUUCUAAACUAGGUAGAGAGAAAGCCCCCUUUGGUAAAAGAGGCUCGAAAAGCUGGGUUUUCUUAGGCAAAUCAUGUCUCCUAGCCAGAUUAAUGUAGGGAAACCCUUCUUGUUUGUGUAGGCACCUAGGUCGAUUAAGCUUUAGCCGUCCAAAUUCCGAUUCGAGAGUGUGAGUUAAGUAGCCCUUAGUCGAAUAGGCCAAAAGAGCUACCCUUGUAGCUUAUCCCAUUUUCUUCGACCUAGGGACCGAGAGAGUGAUCAUCUUCGAUCACUUGCUACGCCUCGAUUACGGUUCUCAAUCGCCUCCACCAUUGACUCACUUCUACUGUCACUCCAGGAAUUGGCCAAGUGAAACCACUUCCUAAAUCGUAGUAUAGCGGGUUUAGGUUUAAAUGUCAACCCGGGUCCUAGAUUUGAUGACUACUCAGUGAAUUCUUGUUAUCUAGCAAUGAAACUUUAAUGCAAGUCUAAACUAACAAACUAACAAAGCAAGUAAACGGUUGUAUUCAGGUUAAGAGAGGUCACCCAUAUAUGGUUCCCCCUAGACUGCAGUUAAGCCGGAUUGUAAUUACCAAGUUCAGUUUCUAUGACAGUUAUACUGCGGAAGGUUCUUAAACAGCCUGAAGUCUCGACUAAAGGUCUUCAGACCCUCUCAAUCUGAGUCUCCAGUGGGCGACUAACCUCCACCGGAGUAAACAGAUUGAGGCCCUAUGAACAAAACCUCCACUACCGAAGUGAAUCCGGUACAGAAUAGUGAGUUGGCUCCUCGACUAAAGUCACCAACUCCCUACCUUCAAUCAAGGAUGCUCUAUCAACCUAGGCAGAUAUUCUCAUUCUAGGUUAAAGCAGAAACAACAGGAAUUUGAUCAGGAUUCAUGCCAUUCAAUCAUUCAAACCUCAAUCGAAUAUAAUCAAAUCAUAGAAUCAGUACUUGGGUUCAUACAAUCAAACCCUAACAUACAAAUCUAGGGUUCUCCAUACCCAGAUGAAUGGGAGAACUACUCCAUGGAGAAAGAAGCAAAAGCAGAAUCAGACGCGGAAUUCAUACUAUGAAGGAUGGAUUCCUGCUUCUGGACGUUGAUCGGCACUUCUUCAAGCUCAAACUGGCCUCCAAUGGUGUUGAAGAUCAAGCUAGGGCACUUGGAGACUCUUGUUCGUCACUCUCUCUCUAGGAAUCGCUCUGUCUCUCUAAAACUCGAAUCCCCGUAUGUUUUGGCUGAAAUCUGCUUAAAAGGGCAUCAGUGGCCAAAGCACGGUCAAGGGCACGGCCGUGUAAUGCCUCAGCCCGCCCGUGUUUUGGCAAGGUUUAAUUACACGGCCAGCUUGUUGGUGAAAACACGGGCGUGUUUGAUGAUGGACACGGUCGUGCUUUGGUGGACACGGCCGUGCUUUCAGCCCGUGUUUGCCGCUUGAAUUUGCCAAACUCAAUUAGCUCUCGGCAGUAAAAGCACGGCCACAGAACACGGCCGUGUUCUGUUUUAGGUGUGCCCGUGUUUUGGCUCCAGCUCGACGAAAUGACUUCCGAAUGCCCCGAAACUUGUGCUUAGCUUUCCUUCGACGCCUGGGACCUGAAAUAUGACAAAAUAGCACAACCCGACGUAAAAUAGGCCAAAAAUACACGACUAUGCCCCUCAAACGGAUAAGAACUAGGGGCGCAAAUAUGUGCAAUUACAUCGUUAUCAAAUUCCCCCGCACUUAACCGUUUGCUUGUCCCCAAGCAAACCAAGUCAGACACAAGGUAAGCUCAAAACAGGGCAUGUCAUAUCGGCACAAAACACAUGUCAUACUGGCUUUCGAUCAGUAACACAUGGACAACUUCAAUGACAACCUAGACAACCACCACAGAUGACAUUCGAAUGCAGUAAAAUCGGACAAAGGAAGAGUCUCCCUUCUGUUCACCAACCAACAUAGACUUAACUCUACCACUUGUUCAAAACAGUCACGUCAUUCACAAAGUUCAAGAUAUCAGAAUUAAGACCGAGCAAUCUAGGUCCUCACCGGGAUAAAGAGUAUAGAGAAUAAGAGGAAAUGAAUCGCUCACUCUCGACCAGUGGGGUCAGGACAAUAUGAUGCGAAAAAUGCGCAUGCUUAAUCUCUCAAUCACUAACAUCUCUUCAUCAUGAAUGCAGCCUCUAAGUGCUAGAGUUCACAUAUGGGGUGUCAUCACUAACUAAUCCGGAGGUCUUAGACACAGGUUCAGAUGACUGGCUAGGGUCUUGGACAUGGGGAAAAGGCCUUUUAGGUGGUGGAAGUAUUCAUACAGCACAAGGUUCCACAUUUCCAAACCCAACAGACUCACAAUCAAUCAAACCAAAAACUUUCUUUCUGCUAUUCUGCAUUACUCAAGUUCAGAGCACAAGAGCGAAGGAGGUUACAUAAAUGCUAGUAUUUCUAAGCCAGACUGCUAAGAAACACUACUACAUGGGCAUUAUUCAGAUUUUUGGUGGUGGCUCUCUUUUGCUUUCUUUUUUUUCUUUGAUUUUCUUUCAUUAUUUUUCAUUUCUUAAGAGAACCACCGCCUCUGCACAUUUUCAAACACCUGCCCAACUUUUAAGCACUACCUCCAACCCUCACAUUACAUUUAGCAGAAACAACAGAGAACAUGUAAAAGUCACUCUGUGGAACCUUCUAAAAGAUGCAAAAGGGUGACUUUUCAUUGAAGACCGAAAGAAAGGAAAACACACGGCUCAAAGGGGCUGACUAGGGGUAUGACACACCAGGACAGUCAAUUUGGUCGUGGGCUAAUCCUAUGCCUCCAUCAUCUUAGCUAAUGACAACGUGAAUGCUGCACAUCAUGGAAGAGGAAACUAUCGCACAAGAAAGAAACGAGCAGGCUCAAAUCUCACAUGGCUACCUAUAUGCUCUAUCUCUCGUUCUGAUUCCCUGAACUAGAUGCAUAAAUGACUGUCAAAAGCAAGUGAUCAAACCAAGUCACAUUUAGUGAGCAGACAGUUGAAAAACUGAACCCCUACACAAUUCUACUGCACAUCUCAGUCAUCACAAUAAGUUGUCUAAGUCACA